UUAUCAUUAAAAAGUUUGGACAUGCGCAAAAUGAUGAAUCUGUCUAAACUUCAGAAAUGUUUUCGUUUGUAGAAAGUGAUAAAUAAAUAUCACAAGUAUUAAUCAUCUUAUAUGAUGACUUUUCGUACCUAUUAAUAUGAAAAAUUCUUCUCGAUUUAAUCAUCGUUCAUUGCAAUCAAAUUUUAAUGUUUACUUGAUUCGGUUUCAAUAUGUUGCAAAGUAAUCAGUUCUUAAGUGACAAAAGUUGAUAUUGAAGGUUAUACCUAGCUAUAUUAUCUAAUUAUUAUAUUCAUUUAAUAAGAGUUGACUGAUGUUAAAGGGAUGAAAAUUGAACAUUAUCGUAAGAGUAAUGUACUCUCUGAUUUUGUCAAUACUGAAAAUGAAAGUAACGUUUUGGUCCAGGAUGAUAUAAUUGAGGACAACUGUGUGUUGCAAUGUAGCUCACAUUCAUCAGACCAAUCUAUGGGUCAAAAAACUGAUUGUUCAUCAUCCGAGGACGCUGAAGUUAAAAGUCUACCUGAUAGUUUCAAAAAUACUCAUAAUGAAGGAGAAAUCUCUAGUUUAUGUGAUCAAUAUCAGAAUAUUUCCUGUUGCUGUUCUACUCCUUAUCCUCUAAGUGAUUCAUGGUUCAAAACAUGGCCAGAAAAAUGUGAUAAAACAAGAAAUAAUAGGAUGUAUUUAUCUAAUUCGUGUAAAAAAUGUGAAUCUAAGAAUACUCAAUUCAAUAAUUUUAAUAAAAAUGGAAGAAAAUCUCCGCUUAAUGAAGCCUUUGAAAACAUAUCUUUUGCUUCUAAUAGUCAAUCGACAAAUCUCACAAACCUCUCACAAUCUCACAUAGGAAAGAAUUUGGGAACUAAUAAUAUUUCAAGUAAAGAUCUCAACCAAAAUGAACAAAUUUCAACAGAAAUUAGAAGUAAUGAAUGUGAACAAUUAAAGCAUAUAUUUACAUCUGAACAAUUAUCGAAUGCAGUGCCUACACAUUGUCAAUUUUUAUCAACUAAUAGUUCGGAAUCAGAUGGAAGAACUCCCUGUACAUAUGAUGUUAAUUCAGGAUGGACAUCGAAGAGAAAACUGACAAAUUUUAUUAACAGAAAUAUCCUACUUGGUUGGAAGACUGAUGUACCUUCGUCCAUAGGAAAUGUUUUCAAAUUUUUUGGGAGUAAUAAUCAAGAAAUCUCAUCAUUAUCUCAUCCAAAUGUAGCAAGUUCAUCCGCAUUAUUUCAAUACUCAAGACCUCCAAAUGUGCCUGCAAAAUCUUUAGAGGAAGAGGAGAAGCAUAGAGAAGAAUAUAAAGCUAUAUUAGCUGCAGCUAAAAGAAAAGAGGCUAUGCAUUCUGCAAAUAAGAAAAAACAGGAAAAAAAGCAGCUACAACAAGAAGAAGGAUUGGCUAAUGCUGCAAAAUACUUUGCUCAAAAAGUUUUACCAAAUUGGGAAGCAAUGAGAGAUAAUAAAAAAACUAGAGAGCUAUGGUGGCAAGGUCUUCCAUCGAAUAUUAGAGGAAAAGUAUGGAGUUUGGCAAUUGGCAACGAAUUGAAUCUAACCCAACAGCUAUACGAAAUAUGCCUUGCUAGAGCAAAAAGGAAAUUGAAAAGUCCUAACAAAGAAUCUAAUGAGUCACCUAGUAAUCAAGAACGCAGCCUUGAUGCUAUAAAACUAGAUAUUUCAAGGACAUUUCCUCAUCUUUGUAUUUUUCAAGAAGGAGGACCAUACUCGGAAAUAUUACAUUCUCUUUUAGCUGCCUACGUCUGUUACAGGCCAGAUGUGGGUUACGUUCAAGGUAUGUCAUAUGUUGCCGCUAUCUUGAUCCUAAACUUGGAACUGAACAGUGCUUUUAUAUGUUUUGCCAAUUUGUUGAAUCAACCACUCCACCUAUCGGCCUUUACUCUGAAUCAAAAUCAGAUGUUGGCUUAUUUUGAAGCCUUUCAUGAGUUGUUCAACUAUAACCUACCAAAAUUAUUUGCUCAUUUUCAAAAGUCGGGCCUCACUCCAGAUUUGUAUUUGUUGGACUGGAUUUAUACGAUAUUUGCUAGAGCUAUGCCAUUGGAUGUUGCCUGUCGAAUAUGGGAUGUCUUCCUCAGAGAUGGAUACGAGUUCAUUUUCCGAACAGCGUUAGGUAUAUUGUAUUUAUAUCAAGAUACAUUAAUGAAAAUGGAUUUCUUGGAUGGUGCCCAAUUUCUUACUCGAUUACCUGACAAUAUUUCUUCUGAAAAUUUAUUUAGAAGUAUUCAAAAUAUCUCAGUGAAUAUUGGGAAAACAACUUUCAAUCAGAUAGUUGAACGACAAAUCUCAUUGUAUAAACACAAACAUGAAAGUUAACUGUAUAAUUAUAUUUUUUUCAUAUACCGAAUAAAUUAUUGAUUGUUUA